AAUACUUAUCAUAAUUCCUACUAACGUGCAGAUUUAGGCCAUUUGAAAAUUGACUGUUUUUACAUUUGCAAGUACAAAAAAAAGGUGUUUCUCAAUAGGUUAUUGUAGUAUAUGAUUUUUAUCCAUCCAAAUUGCAUAUAUUGUUGAAUAAUGAUAAAAUCUUGACCUGCACCACUAAUUGCACGAUCAGCUGAUGUGUCUCUGAGUGGGUGGCUGCCCUGAUUGUGUUUCCUUGAUGAGAAAACAAUAAGCAAAGGUGUUGUUUUUUCGUGAAAUACUUGCUUGUUUUAAUAAAUAGAUAUGCGAGAAUUAAACUUCAAUGCGCUCCUCGGUUAGCUACAUCUUGUCCAGUUCCACGACAGAGCCGAACAUGUCGCAUCCGGACUACGAGCAGUACUCGCACGACCACGCUGCACUCCUCAUCCUUAUCAGGCAUAUUGGGUCGCAGCUGAAGCCCAAGACUUACAACAAGUUCUACGACAGGAUCAGCAAGUUGUCUACAGUGAAGAUCACUGAUAGCUCCGGGCAGGUCAGGAACAUCUAUGUGCGAUAUGUGAAGGAAUAUCCAGUGGAAAAUAAUGAUUGGGGUGAUUUUCAAACGCACAGACGACUUCUGGGAUUGAUUUCCAUAGGGAAGUACGAUUCGCAGCUGGAAUUGAACGAGAUUUGCCGUGUGCACGAGAGUUUGAAGGUGAAAUACACGAGCACAUUGUACGAUUCUCGAUGUAUUCUGUUGAAGCCAAACGAGGUCCAGAGUCCUGGCGAGACGUCUGCGGAUGAGAGCAACAAGAGUUCACCGGAUAGCGAUGUGAUCAAAGACGACGAUUCUAGCCCUUACGAUUCGUCGUCAGGUGAUAAUCUAAAAAGUUCAUCUUCCACGGACGAUAGGUCUUCGGUGGAGAAGAGCGCAGAGGAUGCACGCAAGGAGAAAGUGGAGAAACUGUUGGAGAAGUUGCGCGAGGAGAAGACGCCGGACAGCAAGUUUACGACGCCAUCCAAUUUCAAAUCUAGAGCUCUGUUUUAUGCGGAAACCGAGGCCUGCGAUGAUCUGGAGCAGCAGCUCACCGAGUACGUGAAUUCCUUGUUCUGGGUGUUGGAGUCGAAGCGUUUGGAAAAGUCCAGGGAGAAAUUGGAGCGAGUUUCGUUGCUGCUGGCGCCGUUCGAGAAGAAGGAUUUCGUCGGCUUGGACAUGGAGUCCAGGAACAACAAGAAAAGAUGCACGGGCCGCGUCACGAAACACUUGGGGGAUCUCUGCUUGCAGGCUGGUCUACUUCCAGAGAGUCUAACGUAUUACAGCAAUGCCGCCGAAAUAUUGAAAUCGGUCAACGAUUGGCUCUGGUUGGGCGCAGCCUACGAGGGAUUGUGCGCCGCCUCUGCGCUUAUCCUCUAUCCCAAUAUCCAGAGGACGCUUCCACUCCAUCGAAACGCUAGUCUUCAGGAAGGAUCCCCCAAGAGGACCUCGAUCUCGACGACAACCAAUCCAGAUUUGACGAAUCCCAAGAAGGACGUUCUCAACAUUCUGACGCCCGAAGACAUCCCUAAGCGAUACAGGGAGGCCAUCAUCCACUACAGCAAGUAUCAGAAUGCGGGUAUCAUAGAAACAGAGGCCAGCUUCAAAGCGGCGCGCAUCUCCGUCGAUCAGAACUAUUCACUUCAAGCGGCCAGCUUCCUCCAGAACGUCGUCUUCAUCAACAUCACGCUGUCGGAGCAGGAGAAGACGCAGCGAUUCGAGAUGCUCUCCGAUCUGUACACGCAGAUUGGAUUUGCGAGGAAGGCGGCCUUCUGUCACCGUUUAGCAGCGAGCCGUUACGUGUCCGCCCAGAAUCCGACACCCAAUUGGUCGCAGUGCUACAAUCUGAUGCUGCAGAGCUUCCCCGGACACAAACUCAGCCUCGAUCCCACCGAGAUGUGCACCAGUCCGCAUCAGAUGGGUUGGCCCAGCUUGCAGAUACAUCUGUUGACCGAACUGGUGGUGGCCGCCAAGCGUAUGGGACAUUCGGCAUUAGCCACCAGACAUCAGACGUUCAUGCUGCAGACCAUGUGGGAUCACCUGACUCCGACCGACCAGAAGGAGUUGGCCAUUCAGCUGCAAUCGCUGUCGGCGCAGUGCGAAGGAGCACCGGUGCCGCUGGUCCUCGACAACGGCGUAGUCAUUCCACCAGCUAAUCUGAGCAACAUCCCCGUCUGCUCGGGCUUCACGCUUAAAAACCUCCAGCCGCAUCUACAACCCAGGAAGAUACAAAUGGCCAAGCAGGACAUCGGACCGUUCCUCUUCACUCCCAUCAACUUUGGCAGUCUGGAGAGAAAGAGUAACAAGCCACAAAGCAAAAUGGAUUUCCUCUGGGUCGAAAACGAUCUGUGCGAAGUGACGCUGAAGCUGGUGAACCCGUUACCGUUCGAGCUGAAAGUCUCCAACAUGCGUCUGCUGACGGCCGGCGUCGUCUUCGAGUCCAUCCCCGAAACUGUGAUUCUACCUUCCGAGACGCCGACUUCGCUAACACUGAACGGAACGCCGAAAGAGAGCGGCGAAUUGGAGCUUUUAGGAUACAGCACUCACACACUGGGCGUAAAAUCCAACUGUCGUUUGAGAUUCAUGAAGAAUUUCCUUCCGCACUACAGCAUCGAGGUGAUUCCCAGUUUACCGGUGAUGGAAGUGAAGACUUCGCUGCCGCAGAGCGCGACCUUCUCCACGUUCCAGAACUUCGAGAACGUGGUGACUUCGGCGAGCAUCAGCCUGUAUAACGGCGAGAGCACCGAGUGCAUUAUAACUCUGACGAACACGAGCCAGGUGGCGAUAGAGAUGCUCGAGGUGUCCAUCCAGAGCAUACUCGAGCCCAAUUUGCAGGAACAAAUAUUCAGCUGGGAUGCUGAAGAAAUACAGAAGCAGCUACCGAUCGUACCGAACUCGUCUGCAACGAUCAACGUUCGUCUCUAUUCGGCAGCCAACUUCUUGGCGAGUGGUUUCUCCGGGCCCGAGUUGAGCAGCGGUGUUUUCGGCAGCUCUCACGCGGGCAGCAUCUCAUUGUCGAUGUCCGCAGGUCCAAGUUCUCUGCCUUCGCGUUUGAACUCUCCCAUCUCCCAUCAGAGCACGAUGGGCGGAAGCUUCCAUUCGAGGCGAAACGACUUGAAUUCGAGCUUCCGCUCUUCGAACUCUGGCCAAUCCAGCAUGACAACGCAAGGCUGCAGAUCACCAGGUGUUCUGGCACUGCCUCAGCACGCCGCUUCCUCGGUGGUGGAAGGACAGCUGCAAUUCAGAUAUAGCGGCGGGACAGGUUUGCUGGCCGGUUACUGUCGCUCCUGUUCUGUCUUCAUCACGCUGGAGAUGAUGCCCUCGCUGCAAGUCACCAACUGGGACGUCUUACCGGCAGAAACAUCGUCGCAAUUUUACUUGGUUCUGGACAUUGCGAAUCUGACUUCGCAAGAGAUGGAACUGCACUACACCAGCAGCAAGCACAUGCUGAUCGAGGGUCACGAGUCCUGUCGCAUCCCCGUGCCCGUCGACCGGUGUCCGCUGUCCAAAUUGACGAAGCUGUACAUGGAGAACGGCAUCGACGAGCGUCUCGACCUCGACAAGAUUUGCUCCGAUCAUAUUGCCAAUCUGGUGGAUCUUCGAUGGCAACUGUCCGCGAUAGAUACCAACGGCAAAGCAACCCUGAAAGGCAUCACACUCACACCGAACAUGUUGGACAUCGUCCGAAUGUCUCCUUUAAACUGGGAUGUCUCAAUAAAUGGGGACGCGGUGAAACCGCAGGAGGCUCUGAGCUGCGAAGCUGGAGAUUGUCUAGAGGUGUCCGUAAAAAUAGGCAACAGCUUGGAGAAGGCUCUCAGGCAUCUCAGUAUGUCCGUGCAGUUUUACCAAGAUCACCAGAACGGCGUGUGCAAUUAUCGUCUGGAGAACAGAUUAGCUACAACCGGUCUCUCCAGGGUUCUGGUGCCUACGUUGGAGCCCCAGACUUCGGCCGAGCACAAUUGCAAUGUUCUCUUUUUCACACCCGGUCAAUACAAGAUGGACAUCCAGGUGGCCGCUCCCGAGUGCGUUUCCGCCACCGCCUCCAUUUCCGGUCACGUGUGGCGUUUCAUCCCCCCGGUCGAGAUUAACGUAUCCCUCUGAGCUUGUCACUCUCAUCCUCCUCAGUUUGUAUACGCUUUCCAGGUCAGUCAGUUUAUACAACAUCAUCACAUCACCGCUGCCAAAUAAUAUCUUCUAUUUAUUGCUGCGCUUUCGAAACAGUCGGAGAAUUUA